AUGAAACGACCGCGGCUGUCCCCGAUGAAGUUCCCCGGGGGAGUGUGCGUGGGAUAGGGGGUCAUGAUAAUGAAUCAUGCUUUAUCCAGCUGCCAUAUGAUUGGACCAAUCACCCUGAGUCUAUGUAACCAUCUGCUCAGGAAGAUGCAUGUCAUUAGAUUAUAUCAUAAAUAAACCAUCUUUGAUUGUAUGAUUAGAACUGGCUUUUGGGUUUACAGUUUCUGCUUAGUUUUAGGUCUGAACUGCUGGAAAUGAGGGCAAUGUGUGGGACUUCUGCAGUCCCAGUAAAUCUCAAUCUGUCAUGUUUUCCUGUAAAUCUUAUGUAUUUUUACUGCUGUGGAAACACUAGUUUCUGUGGGGGAUCUGUAAACACUGACACAGAAACCACACUAAGUCCACACUGUAAAAACUCACACAGAAACUCUAAAAAACUUGUAUCCUAGGUGCCCACUCUCCCUACCCCUCUCCUCAUCCCUCUGUAAAAAACAGAGGCUCAAAGCCUGACACUGUAUAGGCUGAGCUGGGGGUAGAUAGUUUUAUCACGAUAGAACAAUGAGCCACAGGCCUCCGAGUGGCACGUGGUUUAAGGCAGUGCUAGAGGGGUUCACACAGACCCGGUUUUUAUCCCAACCGGGAGACCCAUGAGCAGCGCCCAAUUGGCCCAGCGUCGUCCGAGUUAGGUGAUGGUUUAGGCCGGCCGGGAUGACGUUGGCCCAUCGCUCUCUAGUGACUCCUUGUGGCGGGCCGGGCAUGCACGCUGACUUCGGUCGCCGUUGUACUGUGUUCCUCCUACACAUUGGUGUGGCCUGGCUUCCGGGUUAAGCGAGCAGUGGGGUCAAGAAGCAGUGGGGGCUUGGCGGGUCAUAUUUCGGAGGACGCAUGGCUCUCGACUUUGCCUCUCCCGAGUCCUACGGUAGUUGCAGCAAUGGGACAAGACUGUAACCACCAAAUUGGAUAUCACAAAAAAGGGUAAAAAGUACCCCAAAAAUUAAAAUAAAGAUAGAACAAUGAGCCAGAAUAUUUCACCGGAUGUAUUUAGCUCAUUUUCUCAUCGUGAAACAUUUGAUCUCAAUACAGUUUUCUGUUCCCCCAAAAUAAAUCUGUUACGAAAGAGUAAGUUUGUAGAUUUUAUCCGUUGCAAAGUUUUAAAAUUGCAAUGUUUAGAAGAAUGCAAGGGAGAAUUGAGUUUAUUGCACUCGCGCACUUCACAGAGAAGGCGCCAAUAGGAUCUUGCUAGCUCGUGCUUGCUCUGCCCCCUACUUGUUGUUCUGCCCACUGACUCAUUGUUCCUAUUGAAAUGACAGGGGCUGUGGUCUAUCUUGGGUUAUAUACAAAUCUUUGGUUUGUCAUGCUAGUAGGCCUAGAUACAUAACCUUUUAGGGCAUUAGAGUAUUAAGACGUGUGGAUAAUAUUAGAGAUUGGACAAAGAUGGACAUCAUUCUUGAAAUCUCAUUGUAUUUAAUGGAAAACAUGUAGUCUAGGCAACUAAGGUUUGAAGUACAGUAAGGUUUUGUCAACUCAACUUGAGGUGUAGCCUCCUGCCAGGGGGUUUUUGUAAUGUUUUAGUUUUCAGGUGUAGCUGCAGGCCACGCAUACAUAGAGAACAGGUUGGGCAAGUAUUUCCACAGAUCCCCAUCUGUACAUAUUGUCAGGGGGACACGUUUAGAGUAUUGUCAAACUACAGAGACGUAGAGCAUAAGAAUAGAAAGUCAACGAAACAGAGAGAGAGAGAGAGAGAGAGAGACAUGUUAGGGCCUUUAUUUAAAAAAAACAUUGGCGAUGUUUAACAAUAGGAGAGUGCUGCCGACAGUUCCCUAUGAAAUGACCGCUGUAAAGAAGCAAAACAUAGCAGCGAAUUUUAACAGAUGUUUUUAUUGAUUAGCAUUCAUGAAAUGUUAAUCCAAGUCUGUACUGUGUUGUGGUGUCAACAAAUUGCAUGUCUGCUUUCACUGGACAUCUUCAUAGGUUUUUGAAAACCAUGAGAAAUAAACAACACAACGCGCGCAGUGGCAAUUAUCACUUAGCAACGGCUAUGGAGGAAAAAGUGGCACUGAACAUUCAGACAGAAAUACUUAACGUGUGUUGUGGUCCAGAUUUUCUCAAGUUCAUCACAGCUUUGAACAAAACAAGACCAGCAGCCUGUAAUGUUUGAACGUGUGCAGCUGUUGCACAAGAUCCCAGCCCAACCCCUACAACAUGUCUUGGCUCAGUCUGGUGGCCAAUGGCAGUUUCCAUAGAGACUAUCGGCCAUAGGUCAGAAAGUUGUGUGAUUGAGUCUGAAGUCUGAGGUUGUCGCUCUCAUGACAGUGUCUCUCAGUGGAGUCACAGGAGAGCAGGACAGACAAACAGUAGUGAAAGAAAGCUAGAGGUGUUGUACUGCACACUAGGAAUGGGGUUGUGAGGUGUACUUGCACGAUUGAUUGGUCUCCCCCAUGCAGAGCGUCACAUGGAAGAAACGCCAGAAGCACAGGGACCUUGUCUCCCCUCUCAGUGCCCCCCAAGAAGCCACAGCCCUGGGUGCAAGUGGUCGGACAUGCAGGUUGGUUCUUUCUCUGUCUGAAUUUAUUUUUUAAUUGAUAAACUUCUGCCUUUCUGUAUUGUGAAGUUAGUCUUUCUUGCUGUCUUACUGCUAAUAGAAGAUGGCUGUGUAGUACCAAUGUGUUUUGAGGGUAUAAAAUGCCUCGUCUCUUGCCCCUCUCUCGUGGCUGGUGGUCCAGGGAGCUUCCAUGCAGGGGACUAUGGGAGGGCUGCUGAAGCGCUACACUGAGGGGGAGCAGCAGUGCUGCAGAGGCUACAUGGAGGACUCUCUGAGACCCUUUGUGCCAGGCUACCACGGAGUGGUGCAACGGGCCGGGCAGGACUACAAACAUGAUGGACGACCUGCUCACACACUUCAACUCCCUGCCAUCAUGGAUUGCAAGAUGGGCACC